AUGGACCCACGGUCAGGUCUGCCUGUCACCAGCCCCCUCGCGCUCCCCCUCGCGCCCGGCCCGCGCGGCGGCCCGCUCCGCGGCCCCGGCGGCGCCCCCCUUGCCCUCGGCCCCGACGGCGCCACGCUGCUGGCGGCCGCGUCCGGCCUGCCGCUGCUCUGCGCGGCGGGGCGGCCGCUGGCCGUGGGGGAGGGGGGCGCGCUGCUGGCGGCGGGGGGCGCGUGGCCGCUGGCUGGAGAGGCGGCGUUUGUGUCGGGAGACGGAGCGGCCCUAGUGGAUGCAGGCGGCCGGCUGCUGCGGGGGCCGGACGGGGAGGUGAUGAGGCUGACACUUGGAAACCAGCUCCUGCUCUGGCGCCACGAUGGUCAGCCCCUGCUCGGCCCCGAUGGCCGCCAGGUGGCGGCCUCGCCCUUCGGCUACCUGUACUGCCCCUCCGCGGGCGGCCAGCCGCUGCGCGGGCCCGACGGCCAGGCGCUGCAGCUGUCGGCGCUCGGGGAGCUCCUCACGUGGCCGCGCGGCCGCGUUGCGCGGUCUCCCUGCGGGCAGCGGCUGACGGUGUCGCCGGACGGGCGCUCCUUCCUGCUGCCGUCGGGGGCGCAGGCGCUCGGCCUGGCUGGGGAGAUCCUCAGACCCUCAACAACGGGCGCGUCGCGCCCUGCGCUCGGCGCCGGCGGCGUGCAGAUGCUGGGGCCGGAGGGCGAGCCCCUGGCGCUUACUCAUGACGGCUGCAUCACCGACAUGACGGGCCGCGCCCUUGUCAGCCUCCAAAACGCCACCACCAAGAUGCCGUUUGCGGGCCCCUCGCUCGCGCGCGCCGGGCGGGUCACGCUCGCGCCGGACGGCCGCACGCUGCUGCGCGGCGGCGCCCCGCUGCUCUCGGCGGGCGGCGCGCCGGUCACUGCGUCCCUCCAAGCGCAGCCGCCGGCGGGCGCGGCGGCGGCGCUGUUGGCCACCCUGGGGCUCGUGUAG